UUCUCUCGGCCCGAGUUCCGACCCCUUCUACGAACUCGUCCAUGACGAGGCCUGGCUUCGCAGCUCUGGUGCGGAAAACGAGGCAGAGCUCGGGACUACUACCUCGAAAUGAUGUCCUGUACAUAGACAAGAGGGUCGUUGUUAUCAACAAGCCGCCAGGCCUAGUGAGCCAAGCUUCUUCAAAGGAAGACGACCAGCUCAAGAAGUUUUUGUGUGAAAUACAAACUAAGCAUAGACUUGACGGACCUCUCUUUCCUGUUCACCGACUGGAUAAACCAACUAGCGGAUGUCUUCUUCUUGCUCGCUCUACAGACAUGGCUCGUGACUUAUCUCGCCAGUUUCAGCAGCGCAAGAUCGAUAAACAGUAUUUCGCCUUGGUCCAUUCUACUCCUCAAGCGUUACCAGGGACGAACGGUGUCAUAUCGCAGGCACUGCAGCUCCGAGAUGGAUAUGUGUCAAAGGGCAAGGCAUCAGAUUCAGCGUGUAUCACUGAGUGGGAACUAAUUGCUUCGGCUAACAAGUUGUCGCUGUUGCGUUUGAAUCUCUUGACGGGGCAUAAACACCAGAUUCGUUUCCAUCUCGCCAAGAUUCUGAAUGCUCCCAUUCUCGGAGAGAGACUGUAUUCUCAGAUACCUCCCAUUCGCUGUGCUCCAAAAGACAGGUUAUUCUUGCACUCAUCUUAUGUCGCUAUGGAGAGAUUUAGGUCCUCUGGACCCAAUAAGCGUUACAAAUUGGGAAUACGCUCCCCGAUGCCGCCAGAGUUCUUCAAAGUCUGUUCCCAUAUCGGUAUUGACAUUUCACCUGAGAACAGGAGGGGAGGUGUGUUCAUUGACGGUCUAUCUGCCGAAGAUGCAGAGAAUAUGGAUGGUGCUUGGAUGCCCUGUGACAUGUAAAGGCGGACUGACAGCGGAAUACGCUAUUAAAUUGCCUGUUUGCGACUCGUUCUGCUGUUGCAGAUAAUCGCGUAUGUCACAAUCAAUAGCGGACCCGAAGGAACCUUUCCAGACACUUGGAAAUUCUGCCAUCUACUGGGAACAAUGUGCUUCUCGCAGUAGAACUUGGUGCUUGGGUAUAUGCAAUGCUAUCGACGACCCAGAACUUCGAGCUUAACGAGGAGGAUAGUUAAUGUGAUCACUGAACCUGUUCUUCGAUGCUCAGAAGAUUCUGUAAUCUGUAGCUGAUGUACAAAACGGGAUG